AUUUUGAGAGAGCGAGGCGAGCGCGCGGGGCGCGUGCGCGCGCGGUGUUGACGGAGGAACUCGGGACACCCCGGGACACCCCGGGAACGGGCGCGGGGCGGACACAGAGCAGCUGGGCUGCCACUCUCAUUCCUCCGCCAUGCUGCACGGACCGCCCUCGGGGACGGCUGGGGGAGCGACCCCGUAGGCGGUAGCGGAGCUGCUCACGUGAGGGCAGAGGAAUACCCGGCGGAGGCGCAGCGGGAGGUCGUGCACCCCGAGGGCCGGGGUUCUGUCUACCUGCGCACCCCACACCGGGCGGUCUGUGUGUCCGCACACCCCGGGAGCGGUCUCUGUCCCCACACCCCGUGAAGGGAAGCAUGCCCCGGGCCGCGCCGGGGCUCCCCCGGCGGCUCCCGCCGGCCCUCCGGGAAAUGUCCCUGGCCCAGGUGGAUUGAACGACAGAGUCGGUCCUGGAUGUUCGCAGCUUUUUGCUUCAGCUGGCAGAGAAGAAAAAAGGUGGACACUGACCUGCGGCAGUGGCUUACUGUGAACGGGAAGAAAUAUCGGACACUGUUCUAGGUUUAUCUGUGCGUGCUGCGUCCUGAAAAGGCCUCUGAAACAAUCAGUAGACGUCUGGGAAGAGAAUUGAGGAAGUCGCGAGGUUUUUUCUUCUAGUAGUGUCGAGCACAUAACCCUUGGAUUCUUUUGUCCACAUGGCAUGGAAACAUAGCUAAAUUUAUGAAGUUCUGAAUAUUUCAGCUGCCAAAAUAAAGUACUUUCCUCUUUUUACAUGCAGUUUUUCUUCUUGGCAACAUUCUUUCUGAGUCAGAGGAAUAACCAGUUAUGUUAACUGGCUCCAGGUAAAAUGUGGCCUGAGUCACUGUGGAAACAUUGCUGAAAAGUUUCAUGGCAGAUUUUUUCCCCCCUUUUUUCAUUUUUUUCGAUUUUCUGACAUUGUCUUCUCUCAUUUUUCAGUGAGACCGAUUUUAUAGAUGAAGACUUUAACAGAUGUUCGUUUAUCUUAUUUUGUUUUGUAUUUUAUUUAAUAUUUUUGUUAAAAAAAUAUUCUUGCCAAUAAGCAGUAUGGAGGUAUCCAGGUAACUGUUUACAAAUGCCUUUGCUACCGGAAGGUAGGAAAUGUUCUACAGUUCACAUGAAAUUUCACAUGUGAAAUUUGGGUUUUUGGCCUCAGAGUUUGUGGAGUAAAACGUGUAUUUAUUUCACUUGGAGCUCAUGCUGCGUAUAGAGGAAUCUACAUGGAAUAGACAAAGGAAGAACCUGUCAGAGAAAAUAAAAGGUUGUUAAGACAGACAUUGGCAGACUUUGUAAAUAGCCUUGCAGGAUCUGUAAGCAAGAAGGAUGGGGAGCUGAUUUCUGUGAGGUCAAAUCUAUGUCAGACUGCUAUGAAUGUAGUAUCAACGGGAACUCGGGAUAUUAUCUCAAGGAAGACAAACUGGAAAACUAUAAAUCACGCAGUACUAACACCUUGUGUGGUCCUCUUGGAUUAGGUUUGCAUUCAACUGAACUGCUACUGCAUGAAAGAAAAUUAAGAUGGACAGAGCAACUUAAUUCAAAAAUUUGGGUGUUGACCCUAGGUGUUGAUUUUUAUCCUUUCCCAGAAGUCUUGACUCCUGAUUGAUGCAGUUGCUUUCAGCUUCCCACUUCAUAGCAUGUUACUUAUUUUUGUAAACUGGAGACAGUACAUCAAUUUUUCCCAGAUGCUAUGCAGGGACUUGCCAUGAGGUGCUAAGCCUUUUUUCAUUGAUUCGGAGAGACUGGACCUAAAUGGCGCAGCAUGACUUUGCUCCAGCCUGGCUUAAUUUUCCUACACCACCAUCAUCAACAAAGUCAUCGCUGAAUUUUGAGAAACAUUCUGAAAAUUUUUCGUGUACAGAAAAUCGUUAUGAAGCAAAUCGCAGAAGACACAAUUCUUCAGAGGGGUUUGAUCCUAACAUUGGAAAGUCAAAUGGAGGGCAUUUUGGGCGAAAAGAGAGGAAUGGUUGGCGUUCACAAGGCAGAAAUGGUCCAGAAAAUAUAAACCAUCGUGGAGGGUACCAUGGUGGAGGUUCCCGUACUCGUUGCACCACCUUCCAUUGUGGAAAAGGCCAGGGACUGCAUGGGAACAGUGUACCUGAUAUUGAAACACACAAAAAGGAAGACAAAGAAGUACCUAACCAGUUUGAAGCUGAAGAUUUUCCGUCUUUAAACCCUGAAUGUGAGAGGGACCCAAACCAGAAUAAAUCUCUAGCUGCAGGUGUGUGGGAGUACCCUUUAAAUCCUAAAUCUAGGUCUCAGAGAAUGCUGGUCAUUAAAAAAGGCAGUACGAAAGAACUGAGGAUAUCUGGAUUCCCAGUAGUGGGAAAUCUUCACUCACAGCCAGUAAGAAAUGGAACUGGCACAAGUGUUUAUAAAGGAUUAGUCCCCAAACCUGUCACUCCACCUGCAAAGCCCACACAGUGGAAAAGCCAAGCAAAAGAAAAUAAGCUUGGGAAUGUGUUUCCUCAUGAAUCUGCAUAUGGUGUUGGCAAUUUCAGUCCUUUCAAAUCAACUGUCAAGGCAUUUGCUGUAACACAGAAUUCAGUUAAAGAGUGUAAUCGGUCAAGUUCUUCAUCCCCUGUUGACAAAUCUGGUCAGCCUCGUUUAACAAAACUGACAAGAAUGCGGAAUGAUAAGAAGAGUGAAUUUUUGAAAGCAUUGAAAAGAGAUAGAGUGAAAGAGGAACAUGAAGAUGAAAAUCAUCAUGGGCAAGAGAAGGAUGAUGAGUCCUUCAACUUGCAUAACGGCAACAGUUCUCAUCGUGAGAGAGACAUAAACCGAAACUAUGAAAAUGAGAUUCUGCAGGAGAAUGGCAAUGCUUCAAUUACACCUCAGCAGAUCAUUCAGUCUUCAGCUUUCCCUCAGGCAAAUGUUCUUUCAAGCUCACUUGAGGCAGAGCAUAGGUUGUUAAAGGAGAUGGGCUGGCAGGAAGACAGUGAAAAUGAUGAAACAUGCGCUCCACUAACUGAGGAUGAGAUGAGGGAGUUCCAAGUCAUUAGUGAACAGUUACAAAAAAAUGGCCUUCGGAAAAACGGCAUUUUGAAAAAUGGCUUCAUCUGUAAUUUUAAAUUUAGCCCCUGGAAAAACAGCACUUUCAAACCUGCUCUGGAGAAUGAGGAUUCUGAGACAAGCAGCAGUGAUACAUCCGAUGAUGAUGAUGUGUGAAGACUUCUGUAACACCUGUAGAAGCCCAUUUGUUCUGGUGAAGAUUUGGGGAUGUUUUGUCCAAAAAAAGAAUAAUUUAAUUUAUGUAGUGACCUACCCACUACAGGAAGAAUGACAGGAGUUUUCCUGAAGGAAGCAAGGAAUGUUUUGUUGGGUGUGUUGAAAAUCACUAUAAUUUCUCUGUAAACGAAUGGUGUAGAAUGAGGCCUUGGGUUGACCCAGCAUUGACUUCCAUCAUUGAAGCAUUUCUGACUAGCAGUGUGACAAUGUUACAAAUCAGACUUUCUCACUUAAUAAUAAAAGCAAAGAAUUGUGUAAUGUCUUGCAAAGCUUCUGUCUUAAAAUGUCUAAGGAAAAAAAAGGCAACUUGACACAGUGUUUUGCUUGCCAAGUCAUUUCUUUCUUACAGUGGAAAUCAACAAGUCCACUUUGUACACAAAAAGGGCAAUAUAGCAUGUUGGAUAAAAUGAGCGAAGUGCACUAAAACUCUUUUCCUUAACUGAGCUGUUGAACUGUUCUACAAAUAACUGCUCUUUAGCUGUUUGUAGUGUUGUCGUUGUUAUUAAUGACAAAAGACAAAAUGUUAGAGAUCCAAAUUUGUAGAACUAACUUUUAAACUGAAAGCUUUAACGGGUGUUCCAAGACCCUUAUUCUCACAAUGACUUGUGGGAAAAUAAGCAGUUUGAUUUUACUUUUCAACAUGCAGAAAAAUCAUUACACUGACUGGAUUUGUCCACUACAUGGGAAAUAAACUGAUUUACAGAGUAU